CCAACGAGUCGACGUUCACCUUUACGAAACCACACCUUCUUCAUCACAAGCAGCCGUCAUCAUGGACAAGUUCGCAGCAUUCGGAAAGAACAUUGGUGCAUCCUUCACACCCUUCGCAGCUCGCACCCAACAAUAUGUCAAGGAGCAGUUUGGCCAGACCGAGGACAAGACGGAGCUUCCCCCAGACUACAUCGAGCUUGAGAAGCGCGUUGAUGCCUUGAAGCUUGUCCACCAAAAGCUGCUUUCCGUUACAUCGCAGUACACCAACGAGGCCUACGACUACCCACCCAACAUCCGCGAGUCCUUCACCGACCUGUCCAAGAACGUCAGCGAGAAGGUCCAGCUCUUGUCUCGCGCCACCACCACGGCCGAAGCUCAGGCAGCCUUGACCGCCACUCCCCAAGCAAAGCCUCAACCCAAGACCUUCAACCACGCCAUCGCACGUGCCUCGUUGGCUGGCAGUCAGUUGUUGCACCAGAGCGACGUUCGUGGCGCGGGUGCCGACGACUCGCUUGCACAGGCUCUCGAGAAGUAUGCCGUUGCUGAGGAGAGAGUUGGCGAGGCCCGUCUGACCCAGGACGAGCGCAUCCAACAGCGCUUCCUCGCAGGCUGGAGCGCCACCCUCAACACCAACCUGCAGUUCGCUCAGCGCGCCCGCAAGAACGUCGAGAACGCCCGCCUUAACCUCGAUGCCACGAAGGCCCGCGUCAAGGGCAUCGCAAACCCCUUCAACAGCAACAAGGCCCAAUCCCACAGCGAGGAGAACUACACGGAAGCUCAACGCGCUGAGAUCGAGAAGGCCGAAGACGACUUUGUCAACCAGACCGAGGAAGCUGUGGGCGUCAUGAAGAACGUCCUCGACACACCCGAGCCCCUCAAGAACCUGGCCGAGUUGAUCGCCGCCCAACUCGACUUUCACAAGAGAGCCUACGAGAUUCUGUCAGAGCUGGCUCCAGAGGUUGACCAGCUGCAGCUCGAUCAGGAGGUAUCGCCUGCCCGCUCCAUCCCUCCCUCAAUCCAAGUCACCCAAUUCUGAUCCCCGUUUCAGGCCAAUUACCGCAGAGCCCGCGACUCUGCCUAAUUCAACUCCAACAAACUAGCUUCCUCCUCUUUUCUGAACCUCCUCAAUUCCUCUGAUGCUCUAGUCUCACUACCUUCCGCCUCUACUAUCCCUGCUUCUCCACCCUUUUCUUGUUCGUCCGAUGUUUUCUUCUUUUCUUGCAAGCUCCGCUUCUGGAUACCACUUUCAAAUUCAAUCAAUUCAAUACAAACAUACGGCUCCAGCCUUGCUUCCCGUGCCGAGAUCAAGAAGAGUGCACAGAUCGAAUGCCCACGUUUUUCCCACGGGCCUCCUUCUCGACGCCAAGCUUUUCCCUCGUUCGUAUCCCUGCUUGUUGUAUAUUACAACGACGCUCGGGCUACACAAGAGUAAAGUCCCCCAAAGCCAAGAAGUGUAUUGU